AUGCCUCGUUACGAGCUAGAGUACCCCCAGAACGCGCUGAACUCAGUCAAGCGCCACAAUGAGCGAGGGGAUUACUCCCUCACCACCAUCCACACCAUAAUCAACAGCUCCCGGAUUCUCCACGUCUCCUUCACAGACCCCUCAUCCCCUUUCCCAAUCACGUUGCCCAUGAUAGGGAAGGUGGGCUCCUUCGCCCGGCCGUCCUCGUCCGUGGCCGACGUGCUGGACCUCUACCUGCACGGCUACGUGUCGAUGCGUAUGGCCAACGUGGCGCGCUCCCAGGGCGGCGGCAACGGCGACGGUGACGGCGGCAACGGGCCCGCGGGCGUCCCGGUCUGCGUGUCGGCGGCGCACGUCGACGGGCUCGUCCUGGCCCUGUCGCCAUUCUCGUCGAGCUACAACUACCGCUCGGCCGUGCUGUUUGGGCACGCGACCGUCGUGACCGACGAGGCCGAGAAGCUGUACGCCAUGGAGCUCAUCACCAACGGCGUCGCCCCGGGACGCUGGGAGAACUCGCGCCAGCCCCCGACGGGCGCAGAGGUCCAGAGCACCAGCGUCCUGCGCGUCAAGAUCCAAUCCGGCAGCGCAAAGGUGCGGGCGGGCGAGCCGCACGAGGAGGUCAGGGACGCCAAGAACGAGGAGCUUGUAGGACGGGUCUGGACUGGCGUCGUGCCUGUCUACGAGACCCUGGGUAAACCGCUCCCCGCGUCUGCGAAUGCCGUCGCUGAGGUGCCGGCGUAUCUGGCUGACUAUGUUGCGGAUUCAAAUGAGUUCACUUUGGAGAGGGCUUUGCAGGCAGCUGUAGAGCCAGAGAAGAAAGCCAAGCAGUAG